AUGCACACAGUCUUCCUGUACAAUUACACAACAAUUUCUGCCAGCGCACCUCAUGAAACCGGAGCCGGAUGUGACGUUAGUUUUGAAAUACAGCUCCAGGACCGCGUUGGAUGCCUAGUUGAUACAGAGAUGAGCGGUGAGAACGUUAAGUUGUUUGUGGGGAACCUUCCUUUAGAUGCAACUCAAGACGAGCUAAACAAGCUCUUUGCUCCAUAUGGAGAGAUCAACACCUGCUCUUUACUCAGACAGUAUGCCUUCGUUACCCUGAAGGGAGAGGGGGCAGCAGACAGGGCCAUACGACAUCUUGAUGGCAAAGAGUAUAGAGGCAGGCCCCUGGUGGUUGAGGAGUCACGUGCUCGCCCACCCAACUCCACUAAAGUGUUUGUGGGGAACCUCGCGGCAACAUGCUCAGCAGACGACCUGCACGGGCUGUUUUCAACCUUCGGAAGAGUUUUAGACUGUGAUAAAGUCAAAGCCAGAUUAUGCUCAAAUGUUGGCUAUGCAUUUGUGCAUAUGGAGCGGAAGGAGGAAGCGCUGGUAGCCAUUGACGCGCUCCAUGGGACCAUGUUCAAGGGCCGUCAGUUGGCCGUAGAGCUUUCCAAAGCCCAACCUUUGAUUAACCAGCUUGCCAUGGCCGGAAAUUCAAACAACUUUGCGGGUGGUAUAGCAGGUGGCAGGGAGGGCCUUCUUCCGCGACCACCUCCAUCACUAGAGCACCAUCAGAGUCAAGCAGCCGUGCUAGCAGCAGCGGCCGCAGCCGCGGCUGGACUCCCCAUACAAGUUCAACAAAGUGUCCAUAACUCAUUCUACAACACCACGUCCUUUGACCCCACCUACGCUGCAUUGAAGGGCAUUACAAGCGCUAAAGGUGCAGAUGGAGUGAUUUACGGUGCCCUUGCCAGCCAGGUAUAUGGAACCGUUGCUGACCAGGUCUACCAAGAUAUGGCCAAUCACAAUUCUGCGGCCGUUGUUGAAGAAGUAGAGCCACAAACUGGACCAGAUCCAACAACGCUUUUUGAGGCCGCAAGAGCCAAGUUCUUUCAGGAGGGACAGAAGGUUCUGGCUGAGCAGCAGGCAGGGAGAAAGGCAGCAUCUGCAGACAGUGAGCGGGACCGCAGCCCAAUCAGAGGAAAUCGAGCCCCUCUCCUACCGGACCCCGUUCCGGGUUCUUUUGCUCAGAUACGACCUAAGCGGCGCGCCCUGCUGCCAACACCACCUGGAGCACCUGAAGAGCCUCCAGCAGCCACUAACACUCCUGAAGGGUCAGAUCCUGUUGCUAGGUCUUACACAGAGUACUACCAGCAAAUGCAUCAAUACCAACAGUAUCAACAAUACCAGCAACAGUACCAGUACCUCCAGUAUGCCUACACCAAUCCUCCUCCUCCGCCUCCACCGCCACCGGCUACCACACAGGCACAGGCCUCCACCACAGCCACUGCACCCCCAGGGACGUAUGCGGCGCCCCCAACGUACGCAGCACCGGGAGCCUAUGCAGCGCCAGGAACAUAUGACACUUCGGGAUGUUAUGCCUCAUCAGGGAGCUACAAUGCUUCAUCUGGAAACUACGAGGCCUCGUCAAGAAGCUAUGAUGCAUCUGGAGGCUACGGGGCACCGGGAGCAUAUGAUUCAUCAGGAGCUUAUGCAGCAGCGGGAAGCUACUCCACAUCCACACCGUAUGAGCAGACACCCGCACACGGGCAACCCAUGCCCCAGCGCCAUGAUUACCCUUACCACACGCCAGAACCCCCUUAUCGAUAGUCCCACCCCCACACACUCCUUCCACAAAGCAGAUGUGUGUGUUUGUGUGUGUUUGUGUGUGUGCGCGUGUGUGUGCAUGUAUAUCUACAUAAGGGACCGUUUUAAAGGAAAACCAGAGAGGGAGCCAGGUCGAAUGCAAGUUUGAAUGUAAUUCAUCUUAACCUAGUCUCUUGCCUGCCUGUCAGUUUAUGGCUGUGUGUCUAAGUAGGACAACUAAUAUUGGAAUAUUGUCAAGCAUUCAGAGUUUGUGUUAGACGUUAUGGAGGCCCAGCUGGUUUUUUGUUGGAUGUUAAAGGAGCUUUAAUGUUUCUUGGGACAAAGUUGGACUUGGAGGCCAGGGUAGGAUCAUAAGAGAAGCCUUUUGUUUGUACUGAAUCAAGGCCUUUUAUAUACUCUACAUAAAAAUGUGCACCAAAUUCGCGUUUCCUGGAAAAACUGUUAAAAAAUAAGCAGUCCAAAACAAACUGAUGAAUUUAAAAAUGUUCAUCCCUCUGGCUCCCUAACAAGAUGUAUUAAACUUGCUGCCUUCUUUAUUAAACACAACUUUUAGAGAUCCAUAUGUCUCUAAGAUAACAAUUAUUAAUAUAAAAAUAUCAUCCAAACACACACUAUUGUUGGCGCAGGAGAACCCUGUGUGGAGUAUGUAACAGGCCUCUGUUUAAAUUCUGCUUGACCCCUUUGUAAUUGCUAGUCUGUUUGCCUGAUUGAAGAAGAAGAAAGCUGAACUGAUUGAAAUGGAGCGGUGCAUCAGUGAGGUUUUUGUUGCCUUUACUGAAUGAUUAGUUGACCAGCUUGUAAACUGUUUCAGGCUGGCCUCACUGAACUGAUCAGCCAGUCCCACGAGAAUCUUUUGAUAUUUCAAAAGAUCUCAAAUCACCUUUUUGAAAUGGACGUUUAGGUCCCUAAGAUUCCAAAUUAACUCUGGGUGAUUUUGGUGAUUGUAUUUCGCAUGCCGGCAUCACAAGUUUUCUUGAGGCCAUCUGCUUUCAGGGUGUAAAGAGUGACUACAGAGUAAAUGUGUUGUCCACACAGGCCUCCCUGUUUAAUUUGGCGAGGUCGCGUGACUUAAUUUGGAUAUUACCAGUCUGAUUCUGCGUGCUUGAAGUUUCAUAGUCACGAAGGAUAGUCAAGUGUGAACAUGACUUUGAUAACGACAGGGCAAAAAAUACAGUCUGAUGAAACCUUUUCAGCGAUUAAAUUGUAUUAUGUGACCUGGAUGUCUUCUUGAAGUGGUUUUCCAUAAUUUACCUUUCUUGUGUUUUCUUUCUUAGCCCAGGCUCUCUGUGUUUCUCGAGGCCUACACAAACUCAGGGGUUAAAUAUAUCCUGUCGAGAGUUUUGGUUCAAGUCGGUGUUUGCCUCUGAAACGUUAGGACAGAAUCAAAGUCAUUCUGCCAUUCCCAUUUUUCUUUUUCAGUUUUUUCACGAAAAUUGUGAUCGGAGCAACCUAUGUGAGGAGAAAGCCUCAACGUGUUUCUCCCAUUUUUGGUCAUACUUAGUUGGACCGUUUUUUUUAGACUGAAGAAAAUGAGCUUUUGUUGGUUUUGUACAUAUUUAAAUUUAUAAAAGCCAGAAGAAUGACAGCAAGUUUUGUUUGGCCAAUGAUGUUGCAAUAAUCAUUAUCAUUGCUUACAUUUUGAAUUGGUUUUCUAUUAUUGGCUUUUGUUCCAGUCUCAGCUACUGUUCAGUCUCUGCCCACAUUGGAAACUAUUGGGGAUUUAGAGGGAGAGAUAAACUAGUUUUCAAAACAGGAAAUGUACAAUUUGCUACUCAUGUAAAUACUUUAAAUCUUAUUUUAGGCUGAAAAGUAAUACCAAUCAACAUUUGGUUGAGUGGUAAGAACAUUGACUGUUAAUAUUAGAUGUACUGAUUGUAUUUUUUCCUAAACAGUGAGGAGAUAGUAUAUAGUCGAGACAAAGUAGGACAGUUGAGUUGUAACGGUCUGGUUAUAAAACAAAGAGGCAACCGUCAAGGUUGAUUGUAAUCUGAUUAUGGUCAUGCUUGAAGUGAGAUGUAUUGAACCAUUGUGGCAUGGGAUUGCAUACACUAAACACCCUGUAAAAAUCAGACAUUGCAUAUGAUUUGAAGGGCCGAUUCUAAAAAUGGGAGAAAACGGUAAUCACAAUUGGAGCUUUGAGCAGGUAGAAGUGUAUACUUUUUUUCUAAAUGCAGUGCCGUGGUGGUUUGCUGAUGUGUAUAGUGUAGGGUUGUUGACUGAGUGGAUAGGAGGUGAUUGUCUUGGUGCUGCAGUUGCAUAUGAGGGUUGUUUUGGAUUUAGUAAAGGCCGCUGAGCAGCAGCCAGAAGGGUCGAUGAUCUUUCCUUUUCCCACUUCUGAUCUUAACAGAAAUACACACCUAAUUUUGACACUAGCAUUACUGGCUUUCUCUGCAUUCAUAUUCCACCGAGACAGCGCCACAUGUGUAUCUAGAUGUAACUGGGUUCAUUUCAUUUUACUCAUGUAAAGCAGGCUACAUGUGCAAAUGAUACUAAUGCGCACCUGAUUUUAUAUGACUUACAGUAGUUGUUCCGUUCGUGAUUGUAAAACACUAGUUGUACCACUCAUCUUAUUUCUUAUACGCCACCUGAGUUGGUAGUGCUGUGUUAGGUUUAAGUGACACAUAGCCUCUCUAAAUUUCCACAUAAUUCCACCUUCUCCAUGUGAACUGUUAGUUGCAUGCCUUGUUGUUGCUGCUGCUCCAGCCACCUUCUUCCUCUUGCUGAUUAUUGCAGCUAGAGUGGGAGGGAGCCAAUCUGAGCCCUUGCCCUGGACGUACGCCACACGCAGCUGUAGCGUGGGAUGGGGAUAACAGCAGCGUUAGGCCUGAAACUGCUGUGGACGAUGGGGUGUCCCCCCACUAAGGUAAACACUCAGACCACACACUCCUGCCCCUCCCCGAAAACACACGUACACACUCACAAACACACAGCUACAUAUAUAUGCAUUCUUCCUAUUCCUUACCUGUGUGCAGGGAGUUUUCUUUGUCAGGAUUUCAUUCAUUUUUUGGGAAAUGGGUCUCUCAUCCUUUUUUAUUGGGAGAUUAACUUUUUUCCUGCUGUCGAUUUUUCCUGAUCAUAUCCCUGCAUCCCCCCCCCCCAAGAAUACUCUGCUCAUACAUUCCUGCUCCCAACAAACGGACCGCUCACACACACCAGAUUUGGAGGAUCGUGUACCGUCUUUAAGUCUAAAUCUGAACCCUUUCUGAAGCAGGCAUGUUUUUAGUACAUCCCGUAUCUAACAGCCUGUCAUUCAAGAGUACCAGUCAAUCAGCCAGAAUUGGGCGUGGGACAUUUAGAUGGGAUGGGUUGUUUUAGUUUUUGUAAAUGCGCCCCUGGGGCCACUUCGGGAUUAAGUGCCUUGCGUAAGAGCACAUCGGUAGGCCCUUCAUUUCAGAGUUGAAUAACCUGGCUCAGGAUCGGUUGCUGGUUCAACGCUCGACUGCCCCUCUUCCCAAAAACGACGAUUUUUGAUGCCACAUUGAACUUGUAUGAAUGACAAUGAACACAAAUAUCAUUUUGUUUUAAAUUACAUUUUGUCCUAUGUUCUUUGACAUGUUUAAUUAUCAAUAAAUGACUUUGAACUGAA